AUAAAAGUAAGCGGUGAAGACCCAGCUUCGUCGCUUUUCGGAUCAUCGUCUAUGCUCGCGACAUUUCCCCAUCUUGCAUUUCAUCGCAUCAUAUCGCCUAUAUGGCGCAAAAACUGUCAUUAGAGUUGACCGGCCCGUCGGAGGUCCCUGACAUCCUAACGGGGAUAAUUAUACCGAUAGUCUUUGCCAGUCUGGUGGUCAUCGGCCGCCUUUACUCGAGGAUAAUAUUGAAAAAUCAAUGGUGGGAUGAUGCCUUCAUUCUAUUCGCAUGGAUAUUUGCCGUUGCGGUCGUCACCAUCGUAGGUGUUGAGACCAUGUAUGGACUCGGUCAUAAGUUCAGCAACAUUCCUCUGGGCCUCCGACCGACCGGUAUCCGGCUAUCCUUCGCGACGAUAGCGAGCUAUCAAGUGUCCUUGGUCCUUACGAAGAUGAGCAUUUUGUUCUUCUACUUGCGGAUCUUGAAGCUACCGUAUCAACGGACCCUCGUCUUCGUCACGAUGGGCUGCGUUGUAGUGUACGGUACCGUUUUAUUCCUCCUCACCUUCUUCAUAUGCAACCCCGUAUACAAUGUAUACGAACUCGACAUCAGAGUGGGUCACUGCCUUGCAUACUACCCGAUCAUGACGGCAUCGGCUGUCCUGCAUACGACGACCGAUCUAUGGAUGAUUGCCAUGGUGCUCCCCCACAUCCUCAAGAUGCAGCUUCCGAUACGACAGAAGGUUGCCCUCGCGUUCGUCCUGACGUUAGGUAUCUUCGUAGCCUGCGCUUCCUUGACGCGCAUGGCGGUGGCCUGGCAAUUCCUCAACCCGAAAUACGCGCAGUGGGAUUCUUUCAGUUUUGCUAUAUGGACGACGUUAGAAUCGAGUUUGGGGCUAGUCUGCGCCUCUGUACCCAUGUUGAAGCCUCUGGUUAGGCAGUUGAUGGGACGGAAGCCGUCCUCGAAACCUGAUGUCGUGAAGAACGUCCCGCGGACCAGGGGUCCGGAUCGGCAGAUCGGGUUUGACGAAUACAACUCGAACGCAACGACGUUAUGGACAAGGAGGACAAUGGACGAUAAUGGUAUCGAUCUCGGCCCCAUGAAAUCGAAUCAACUACCUACCAGACCACCAUCAGCAGUCCUCUCUUCAGAAAGGCUGUUGACUACUGUAUGAUAUGCUCGUCUUAAGGUCAGGAGGGAUGGUUGAGGGGCUUUAACGAUAUAUGAUGAGUGAUGAAUAUUACGAACCCGAUAGUUCCACAUUGCAGCUUGGCAAGUGAAGUUAUGUUUUCCAGUGUCAUCAAUGCGGCUUAUGUACCUACAUAAUCCAGCCUCGUAAGUGCAGCGCAUGAUACACUGCUAUCUUACUUUCUGGGACUGAGAUGACAGCAUACUUUGUGCAACCUUAAGCUAC